GUGGUCGCAGACUUACUCCUCCUAAAACUGUUUCCUGUAAGGGGUUGGAGACGAGGAAAGAGUCUCACGUGCUACCAAGCUUCAAGGUGGUAAUUCUCCAUUAUUCCUCUCCUAUUCACAUACCUGCUUACAGCCAGACAUAAGUGUCAUCAUGUCUCAGGAUCAGGAGAGAUUACAGUAUGCACAUUAUCAGCAACUUCAUUCCUUCAGUGAGUCCCAGGACCUGGAGGUUUCUCAGAUCUCCCAGGCUUUGGAGGUGACCUUUCUCUCCUCCUCCCAUUCUAUAAUGUCUGACAACAUGAAGGAGGCUUCUCCUUCUAAGAAAACCAGUACUCCUGACAGUCCUCAAAGUUUCUGCUCCUCUUCUAUUGCCAAUGCAGUUACUUCAUCAAACAAACCUGAUGAAAUCUCCAGUAGCCAAGAUGAGGAAGAUGUUCCAAGCAUCUCACAGGCUGUAUCAGAUCCUGAGAAUGUGCCCAUGGAUGCUCUAGAUAAGAAAGUGGCUUUGCUGGUGAAUUUCAUGUUGCUUAAGUAUCAAACAAAAGAGUCAAUUAGAAAGGAGGAUAUGUUGAAGAUGGUCAUCAGAGAGGAUGAAGACCACUUCUCUGAGAUCUUCCUCAGAGCCACUGAACGCAUGGAGAUGAUCUUUGGCCUUGAUGUGAAAGAAGUAGAUUCCAUCAGCCACUGUUAUGGCCUCUUCAUCAAAUUGGGCCUCACUUAUGAUGGGAUGCUGGGUGAAGACAGCCAGCCCAAGACCGGGCUCCUGAUUCUUAUCCUGGGUGUGAUCUUCAUGAAGGGCAACCGUGCCACUGAAGAGGAAAUAUGGGAAGUGCUGAAUUUGAUGGGCAUAUAUUCUGGGAGGAAGCACUUCAUCUUUGGAGAUGUCAAGAAAUUCAUCACCAAGGAGCUGGUGAAGGAAAAAUACCUGGAGUACCGGAAGGUGGCCAACAAUGAUAUUGCUCAGUAUGAAUUCCUGUGGGGCCCACGAACCUAUGCUGAAACCAGCAAGAUGAGAGUCCUGGAGUUUUUGGCCAAGCUUCAUGGGACUGACCUGAGUGCUUUCCCUUCUCAGUACAAGGAGGCACUGAAAGAUGAAGGAGAGAGAGCUCAAGCCAGAAAUUCCAUCAGGGAUGACUCUACUUCGAUGGGCAUCGCAAGUUCCGCUGCUGUGAGCAGCAACUUCUCCCGCAUCUAGGGAAGUCAGAAAUAGAUUCUUAAUGUAUGUUUGAGGAGAGCAUUUAGUGUUCAAAGAAUGUAGUUUCAAAGAGGAGCAGGAGAGAAGGCAGUAUGUAUAAUCCAUGUGUUUGUAGUUUAUAUGUGCAACUUGACAAUAUACUCUUAUUUUUUGAUGGAUAUAUAUUAUUCAGAUGUUUCAUUUCAGAUAGCUUAGCUUCAAGAUUUCCAUGUUUCAGAUAAUACUAUCACAUACUUAAUGCAGCUACUGUGAUUUAGUAGUAACAGCUUUGUUAUUUUGUAAAAAAAGAAAAAUGACAAACCAUUCAUCUAGAUUGUGGUCUGGAAUAAGAUAAUAUGGCAUUGCUAAGCACUCAGCAUUAAAAUAGAUGUGGUUAACAAACAUAAAAUAUGAAAUAUAAUUGGCAUUUUUCUUAUACCUUUUAAUUUAUUUUGGAAAAUUGAAUAAUA